AUGGAAAAAAUCGCUUAAAAGGAAAGUAGCCAAACAGAGAAAAGGGAAACAAUAGAAAAUAUUCCUAGCAUGAUUUCUUAAACAUAGCAAUGUGAAAAUUCAGGAGAAGGGAUUAAGGAACUCCUCUUAAGUGGAUCUGCAGGUGCUUUAACAUACUAAAUGGGUUAUUUGUAUAAAUUGACAGAGUUUGUAGGAAAGGAGAAAUUAAGAGAAUAUAAAAUAGGAGCUAUUUCUGCUGGUACAGCUAUUGGAGUUUAUUUCCACACUACACUUUAUACUGAUUUAGACCUAAAACAUUUUUACUUGAAUAGAAUUCGUAAAUUCUUUGAAAAAGAAAAUCGCAAAUAUUAUGGCUUCUUUACAAGUGGUGCACUCAUAGAAAAAUAUUGCUAUGAAUAAUGGGAUUUGAUGGAAGAAUAAAAAUUCCCUCAUGUGAAUGGAAUAUUCCAUUGUUAUGUUUCUUAAGUAGAAGGUCUUUUCUCUUUAAAGAAAAAGCUUAUUGACCAUUUCGAGGAUAAAUACGAUUUUACUGAGGCUUUAAUCAGCUCAGCAAUGAUUCCCUUUUUGACAAGGCCAAAGAUCUUCAAUGAAUACAAAGGUAAAAAAUGUCUUGAUGGAGGACUCACUCAAGUUAUACCAUAUAAGUAUUAAGAAUCCAAGAAGAUAUUUAUUAAUGCCCUCCCUAAAUACACAAGAGAAUGGCCAGUUGUUAGAGAAGAAAUAAAAAAUAUAGAGUAUUUUGAUAUAAUGGAGAACUCCAAUGUAUGGUUUCCCAGAGAUUAUUGGAUUUGGGAUGAAAAUUUUAGUGAUGAAAUGUUUGUUAAAGGCUAAUUUGCAGCAGAAAACGACAAAGAAAGAUUAAUCAAGGUAUUCUAAUGA